GACGGUCAGGCCCGGUUCCCAAACGGCCGCCCCCCUCGGCACCCUACGGAGCAUCGGACAUCCGACUACCCUCCCUCGGAAGCUCUCCCACCUGGCCCCGCAGACCGCCCGGCGACGACUUGCCGAAACCUUGUAAAAUAACUCUGUAACCCUAGAAAUGAAAUAAACAACUAAGAUAUAAUCUAACUUAACCGAACCAGCUGCGUCCUUACUCUGGGUGGAACCUUCUUUUCUAGCAACCACGCCUGACAUCAAACUAAAUGUUGGAACGAACUGCUGGUAUCCGGUGAACCGUCCCAGGCACCCCGAAGCAGGACCGUUACAUGGCGCCCGAACAGGUUGAAGUGGUUGCAGGAAAAAGGACACUAAGAGAGUAAUGUCGAGCUGGGUAUACCAGGCUACAAAAGCAGAGCUGGUAGAAUACGCGAGUGAAUUCGGCGUGGACCCAAGCGGAGGAUCAAGGGAGCUACGACAAAGACUGUCAACAUACACGAAGAGCACGGAGCACACAGAGGAGAUCAGGACGAGGUUAAUGGAGGUAUCAAACAAAUACAAGAAGAUGGAAAUACCGGGUGGAGGGGCCCAGGUCGAGCCGGACAGCAAAAGGACAGCCACGAAAGAGGAGACUCAGAGCAUGGGAGACAGGAGGAAGGUGGAAUCUCUGGACAGAGUAAGAAGUUGGGGAAUACGAUACCAGGGCACAUCCAACCCACUGGAGUUCCUAGGCAAGAUGGAAGAAUGGGCCACAGGAUAUGGCAUAGACAAGGAUGAAUUGGUACAAACGAUGCCUUUUAUCUUGGAAGGCGCCGCAGAAGACUGGUGGAAUACGACGCCAAGUCGGGUAAGAACAUGGGAAGAACUGAGAGGGGAACUCCUAGAGUACUUCCUACCCCCAAGGUACCAGGAGCAACUGGAUUUAAAAAUCGGACAACUCCGGCAGAAAGAAGGGGAACCCACUCGGGCAUAUGCAAUGGAGCUGAGGAAGCUGAUGAGGUUCACCAGUUACUCAGAAAAAGAGAAACUGGAUAGGAUAUACAAGAACUGUCGGAGCAAAAUAAAGCUUUAUGCACGAAGAUCAGGUUUUGCAUCACUGACAGAGUUCCUGACACUAGCAGAGGAGGUGGAGGAAAUCGAGGCGGCGGAAAAUCAGGAUCACCCGGCAGAGACAAGGAGCCACGGACUAAGGCCGGAGAUCUGCAUGAGGUGUGGAGGAACAGGACACGCCACAAGGGCGUGCGGCAACCCUCCAAGGUUAUUCUGCUGGGUGUGCGGGAGAAACGAGCGGAGGACAACCGAAUGUUGUAGAGCCCGGCCGGACGUCAACAGGAGGCUGGAGCAGGCGACUCUGGCAGUACAGGACCGAGCACUAGGACCGGCAGGAAGAGGAGGGAUAAACUACGAUGGAUUCCAGGCAACGGCAGAGGUAAGGAUCGGAACGAAAAGGGCGAAGGGAAUAGUGGACACCGGGGCAUCAAGAAGCGUGAUCGACCAGGGAAGUUAUCGAAGCCUAAGGAAGCAGGGUAGAUGGAACGAGGAAAGGGAGGAAAUAACCCUGGCAAACGGAGCAAGACAAAAGGUAAUGGGGAGUUUCGCCACGCUCGUCCAGUUCGGGAGCAAGCGAUUCAAGCUAAGUUUCUUGAUCCUGGACCAAGUGACAGGAGGAAUGCUGCUGGGGAUGGACUUCUUGGCAAAAGUAGGAACGAUAAUACGAUGCGACCAUCAGGAAAUAACCAUCAGAGAGCCUCAGGAGGAACAAAAACGGAAACAGCGGGAGGAAGCAGGACUAAAAACGGAGCCAUCCGAGGAGGAGAUCCAGACAUUCCUGGAGGAACAAAUGAUGGUGUUUGAAAGGAUGAAGGGAUGCAGUACGAUCGCAACACACACAAUAUACAUGAAGGACGAAAGACCAGUGAAACAACGUUAUUACCCGCGCAACCCAAAACAGCAAGCCAUUAUAAACGAACAGGUAAACGAACUAUUGGACCAGGGGCUGAUAGAACCCUCACGAAGCUCAUACAGCGCGCCGGUAGUCUUGGUACGAAAGAAAAACAACGAAUGGAGAAUGUGUGUGGACUACAGGUUACUAAACGAGAAAACGGAGAAAGACGCAUACCCGGUACCAAGGAUGGAUUUCAUAUUAAACCAACUCCGGGAGGCCAAGUUCAUUAGCACAAUCGACCUGAAGGCAGGGUAUUGGCAAAUACCAAUGGACGAGGAUAGUAAGCAGUACACUGCAUUUACGGUACCAGGACGAGGGCUGUUCCAAUGGAAGGUGAUGCCAUUUGGUCUCACCACGGCACCGGCAACGUUCCAAAGAGCCCUGGAUACCAUCAUAGGGCCAGAAAUGGAGCCGUUUGCAUUCGCAUAUCUGGAUGACAUCGUGGUAAUUGGAAGGAAUAAGCGGGAGCACCUGGAGAAGCUACAGGAGGUGUUUAGGCGGCUCCAAGAAGCGAACCUAAAAAUCAACGCGGAAAAAUGCCAUUUCUUUCAAAAAGAGCUAAGGUAUCUGGGACAUAUCGUAACCGAUCAAGGAAUACAGACAGACCCGGAUAAAGUGGCAGCCAUAAGGGAACUACCCACGCCAGGCACAACCAAGGAAGUCCACAGCUUUUUGGGAAUGGCGUCAUGGUACAGGAAAUUCAUACCGGGGUUCUCGGAACAGGCAGACCCACUCCAAGAACUAAUACAGAAAGGGAGAAAGUUCGACUGGCAACCUCGACAUCAGGCAGCAUUUGAUCAAAUAAAGACCAGCUUAACACGGGCACCAGUGUUAGCAUGUCCCGAUUUCACUAGGCAGUUCGUGUUACAAACGGACGCCAGCGACUUCGGGAUAGGGGCAGUGCUGACGCAGGAGAACCCAGAAGGGGAACGAGUGAUAGCAUAUGCGAGCAGAAGGUUGAACCAAGCGGAGCGGAACUACAGUGCCACCGAAAAAGAAUGUCUCGCUAUAUAUUGGAGUAUCCACAAAUACAAGAUGUACUUGGAAGGGUACAGGUUCGUAGUGAUAACCGACCAUCAAGCACUCAGAUGGCUGAAUUCGAUUGAAAGCCCUUCGGGCAGAGUGGCAAGGUGGGCAUUAGGCUUGCAACCGUUUCAAUUCGAAGUAAGAUACCGCAAGGGAAAACUGAACGCCGUAGCAGACGCAUUAUCUCGCGCGCCACCAGUCGAGGUAAAAAUGGCACGAACAGGACCGGGCUGGCUAGAAAAGAAAUACAAGGAAUGCCAGGAGAACCCGGGAGACGAGGAAUAUAGGAUCGAGGGCGGAAGAUUGUACAAACAGGGCUCCAAGAAGGGAGACCUCAACCCCUGGAAGCUGUGCGUCGCGGGAGAAGAGGUACAGGCGGUAUUACGAGAGAACCACUGCCAGGAGGCGGCAGGCCACCUAGGGAUAUUCAAAACACUCAGGAGGGUCACGAAGCAGUAUUUCUGGCCGGGUAUGAAGAAGGACAUCGUAACCUUUGUGAAGACAUGCGAAACCUGUCAGCAGUACAAGACGUCGCAACAACACCCAGCAGGACAGAUGCUGACAAAGAUCGCCGAGGCUCCAUGGGAAACCUUAUGUGUGGAUUUUGUGGGCCCACUACCAAGGACACGACACGGGAAUACUAUUUUGGUAGUAAUCGUAGAUAAAUUUUCAAAGUGGGUAGAAUUAACGGCGGUACGGCAAGCAACGGCGGACACGUUCCUGAAGGUAUUCCGGGAAAAGGUGAUAGCAAGGAUUGGAGCCCCUAAGAUCCUGAUAUCUGACAACGGAGUACAAUUCACCGGCAGGAAGACCAAGACAGCUAUGGAACACUGGGGAAUAAAACAGCAAUUCACCGCGCCGUACACACCGCAGCAAAACCCGACCGAGCGCACGAACCGGACAGUGAAAACCAUGAUAGCGGAAUUGACAGGAGGGGAACAAACCAGAUGGGACGAAAACCUACCGGAGUUGAUGCUCGCGUAUAACAGCAGCACUUCGGAGUCAACGGGGCAUAGCCCGGCACAAUUACUCUAUGGAAAAGAGCUGCGGUUGCCCGGGGCACUGUUCGACAAAGUUACGAAAGGCUCCGGUCUGGUAUUAGAAUCGGUUCCCGAAAGAUGGGAACGACUGAAGAAUACCAGGUCGGAAGCUUACAGGAAUAUGGAAGACGCCGCGGAAAAUCAGAAACGACACUAUGACCUACGGAAAAGGGUAUGGAAGCCCAAAAUAGGGCAAUUAGUGUGGUGCAGAACACACUUCCUAUCUAGUGCGAUAGAUAAGUUUAACGCAAAGUUAGCGCCAAAAUUCGACGGGCCAUGGGAGGUACGGGGUUUUCCGUCACCGGUAAUAGCAGAGUUAAGGAAGCAGGGGGGCACAAUUAAAAAACGGGCAUACGUGGGGGAUUUAAAAGAAUACCACAGUAACACUAACCCGGGCGAAUCGAACCCCAAUAACCGUAGUAACCAAACUUCCGCUCUCAUCAUUUCAGGAAACAUGGACAAAUUCCAACACUCAAAAGAGCGGUUCCGGGAGCAUAGCGCCCAACUGCAACGGGCCGCCAAGAGGGCCAAAGUAAUACCAGCACGGGCCGCCGGACCCGAGAUAAGGAUCCGGACGGCACCCACACGGCCAGGGGUCCGGCGCAAGGUGGCCGGGGGAAGUCCGGCAAGAGAAGAACACCAGGGCCGAAGCACGACCGACGACGAGGCGCCGGCAGGAGGAGUCGAAAGGGCGGCAGGCCCCGACGAUCACACCGACGUGACAAGAGACAACUCCCCGGACCGAGACGUACUACAGUGUUGCGUCUCGGAAGGUUCGGGGGGGGAAACCACCGCUUAUCCCUCCUCUUCUUCGCUCCACGAAGAAGAAACAAUAAUAAAUAACUGGGGGUGGACGGUCCCAGCAGGGGUCGUCCUCCGGCCAGCAACGGUGGAACAAAUUCUAGACAGAUGGAGAAGGAAGCCCAGGGGCAAACAACAGAGCCUGCUGGUGCCGGAAGGGGCACGAACGUGGAAUGUGCUCUUCGGCAGAGGCCGAAGAGUCACUGUCCGGCAGGCGAACCGAAGGCAGCCGGAGGAGGCCCGUCGACAGGACACCACUGGAGGGCAGCGACGUGGGGACGAUAUGAGCGGCGUCGAAUGGCAGAUCCAGGCGGGAGUCCACCUGCUCCCAACCACCCAGGCCCACAUCCGGGAGCGUUGGGCCGGGUUGCGGUUUGGACAGCACCGCAGCGUCCUGGUGCCCAAUGGGGAUGUCACCCUCCAGGUCAUCUUCGGGCGAGGCCGCCGCAUCAUGAUCCGGCCCCACACGCCAGCCGCCCAUAAAAACGGGGGGUG